AUGGUGGAUAAAAUAGAUCUGGACGCGGAGGAACACGCGGCCGAAUACGGCGUGCUCAAGGGAGAUCUUGUGUUUAUCCGCAACAAUGAAAACCUCAUACAAACCAUCGAUCAGAUCCAGCGAACGCUGGCGAACGUAAAUCGUGAGUACGAUAACUAUGCCAACUUCACGCUAGAGCAAAAGGUUCGGUUCGAUUCGCUGUGUGCGUUCUGUGUGAACGCUCUGUUUUGGAUGCACGAGAAGCUGCUUGGUCGUCCGAAUACGGUCAUGGAUGACAUCAAGUCGGAUCUCGACCGGGUGCGGGAAGCAAUGAAACGGUUACAGAUGGUGCACGAUAACCUAACCAAACGUCCCCAGCUAGAUAAGCCGGCUGCUAAACGGUUCAUCCGGGCCGGACUGUACGACAAGUCGGACAGUGCGCCACCGCACAAGAAGAAACGGGAAAGGAAUGCAGAAGCAGAAUGA